GGAUGUUCACAAUCGGGUGCACUAUAUAAAUGGAUGCGUUAAAUAGAAAGUAUUAAUUUACUUGAUUAACUUGCGUCUAGCGGUACAUUACUACAAUAGAAAUGUCUCUAAUUACGAUCCUCCUUGUCAUCACGGCAGUGAGUGAUGUGUUUGGAGCAGGGGGUAGGAGGAGAGCUCCUGCGGCACCCGUGGCGCCUGCGCAACCGGCUGCAGAUUCAGAGACCUCACAGACUGGUGUUGGCGCAUCUAUAAUAGUGUCAUCAGGCCCGGCCAAUGGCUACGACCUCGGCCCGGCAGCUGCAGCAAUCUCCGGCGGAUCCGGUCUUGUUAACGGAGGGAACUUUGCAACCGCACCGGUUUAUGGAAACGUAGGCAGCAGUGCUCCAUUAAACAACGCUGCCGCUGUAGGUGCCGCUCAGUUGAGUGCUAUCCAAAACGCGCAGGCUGUCCAAGUUGCACAAAUAGCUAACGCAGCGGCUGCUGCCAUUCAAGGUGCACGCGCUGCCGAAGUCGCCGCGAGAGCUGGACAAGCGAAUGCUCUACAGAACGCUCAAGCUUUCGAUGCUACUCGGAUCGCUAAUAUACAAAGAGCUCGCGCUGCUGCCCAAGAGAACGCUCGCGCAGCAGAAGCAGCUAGACGGGCCGCUGCCGCCGCAGCAGCUGAAGUCGCUAGAGCAGUUGAAGCAGAACGCAUUGCUAAUGCUGCACGUGUUCAAGCUGUUGCCAUAGCCAAUGCUCGUGCUAUUGAAGCUUCCCGAAUUUCGAACGCAGCUAGAGCUCAAGCUGCUGCCGUUGCAACAAGCGCGGCUCAAGCCCAAGCGGUCGCAGAUGCGGUGGCGAGAAAUACACAGGAUGGUGGUCUGUUGCUGGGAAUUGCAGGUAAUCAAGGCAAUGUGGCGCCACUAGCUAUUGGUUCAGGAUACGGACUCAACGGUCUCGGUGCCAGUUGGAAUGGAUACAAUGGAAAAGGUCAUUAAGUAAUUUUACAAAGGAAAGACUGACUAAAAUUAUAGGUGUGCUGCUUAAGAAUGUUGUUCUUAGUCAAGAUAAGAUAAUGAAUAUUAUUAGACAAAAUACGACAAUAUUACAUAGCAAGUUACCGACAAUUUAAUGUUUUGUAGCUAUUGAAAGCAGCUAGUACGAGUUAGAGGAAACUUUCCUUAUGGUCAAUAUAUUUUGUAUCUGUCUACAAAAAUGACGUGCCGUAUAGAAUAAGUACACAUAUUGUGUAAUUGCAAUUAUAGAUAGUAACGAAACAAGUGCCGUAAUGUAUUAUAUGUAUCUUUUGUUUUGCCAAAGAUAAAGUGAAAGUUAUUGUUAA